GUUCACAUGGUUGGCGUCCCGCAUAGUUCCGCAUUUCCUGACGUAUUUUCCCUUCCCUAGCUUUUCUAUCUGUCUACCAGGUUCUACGUUCUACCAAAUUAGUUCUUCCCUCAACCAACCUCUUGUCUCACACUUUCACCUCCCUUCCCUAGCUCAAAAGUACCCUGGUUACCUUUUUCUUAUUGUACUAUACAUAGCUUUCAUUCAAGGCCGAGGUUGAAUAAUACAUUACUUAAUUUCCAUUUCGAUCCAUUUUCUAAACAUUGUAUCUUAGUCGUCCUCGUGUACUAUCUUCUCGUUUCACCCUAACCAAUACUACCUCCGACCAACCCGUGCCCACGGCGAUCUAGAUUCUCCGGGAGCUGACCACAUCCUCCGAACCGACGAGUACUUCGGACGUAUAUAUAUGGGACGGGUUAGAAUGCGACGCCGUCUCUUGUACCUACAUCAUGGGACACCUCGUAGGCAUUCUCCCACCUGUCCCUUCGCUCGAACCCUCCGGCGUUAAACCCCCGCGGAAGGGCAAGGGACAGGCUGGCGGGUCGUUCUCCAAUACGACCCCCUUAUAUAAGGUCAUAGACGGUCUCUUAUACCUCAAAGAUGGCUUAACACAUAAAGAGAGAGCGGAAUGGAGAUGGGUGGAAGAGCGCAAACAAAUUCUAUCAGCGCGGUUACAGGGUGCCGAAUCUUAUAGUGAAUGGGAGGCGGCAGCGCAAGAACUAGAUGUCCUCGAAGGUAACGAAGAAUGGAAGGCCGAUAUUUCAACUGGGGACUACAACCCCGAUCUUCUAGAAAUGCGCUUACGAGAGCUCGAUAAUGCCCGCACAAAUUGUGAUAUACAAUCCAUGAUGCAUAUCGUUAGAACAGCCCUCUCACGCGAUCUGGGCGGCAUGGGCAAUAUUGACCUAUACCGUCACUCCUACUGUGGUACUAAGAAAUUGGUUUCGCGAUACGUCGAUUCUGCCUUGCAGACUAUUACAGCUCUGGUAGAGCAGAGUGUGUAUCACCGAGCGAACGACCCGGGUCCGAGGGACUUGCUGGACGCGGUACUUUACGCGCGCCAGAGCUUUGGACGGAGCGCCCUCCUCCUUAGCGGCGGUGGCACUUUCGGUAUGACACAUAUUGGCGUCUUGAAAGCCAUGUAUGAGGCAAAAUUACUCCCGCGUAUUAUAUCAGGCGCGUCGGCGGGUUCGAUCGUCUGCUCUGUGGUCUGUUCGAGGACAGACGACGAGAUUCCCCAACUAUUAGCAGACUUCCCGUAUGGCGAUCUAGCUGUAUUCGAAGAGGAGGGUAACGAAGAAGGUCUCUUUGGCCAUCUACGAAGACUGCUCACCGAGGGGAAUUGGUCCGACAUCAAGCAUCUGACACGCGUAAUGCGCGACUUACUUGGUGAAAUUACUUUCCAGGAAGCGUAUAAUCGCACGAGGAGGAUAUGCAACAUUUGUGUCUCGUCAGCGUCUAUUUACGAGCUACCACGGUUACUGAACUACGUUACAGCACCCAACGUUAUGAUAUGGUCUGCUGUCGCAGCAUCAUGCUCGGUGCCAUUCGUUUUCAGCGCUGCGCCGUUGUUAGUCAAGAACCCUCUAACAGGCGAGCACAGUACAUGGAAUCCUACUCCGCAGAUGUGGAUUGAUGGCUCCGUUGAUAAUGACCUCCCUAUGACGAGACUUGCCGAAAUGUUCAACGUCAACCAUUUUAUUGUGUCGCAGGUCAAUCCGCAUGUUGUUCCUUUUCUUACCAAGGACGAGGGGCCGGCGAGCGUACGUCACGAGACAAUCUUCAAGGAGGAAUCGGAUUGGAUGCACAAAAUUACGACUCUGGCCAAGAGCGAAGCCUUGCAUCGAAUGCAGUUUAUGGCCGAAAUCGGUAUCUUUCCAACGCUCGUCAGUAAGUUGCGGUCUAUCCUAAGCCAAAAAUACUCGGGUGAUAUCAAUAUUCUCCCGGCCAUGGGCGUUUGGGACUUGCCUAAGGUGCUGAAGAAUCCGACGACCGAGUUCAUGUAUCGCUCGUGCUUAUUAGGCGAGCGUGCGACCUGGCCUAAAUUAGCUCGCAUCCGGGACCGGUGUGCCAUUGAACUGGCUUUAGAUCGCGCGGUUCAUGCAUUGAGAGCUCGCGUCGUAUUUAGUAAGAGUCAGGUUGACUUGCGAAGGAUGGCGACCGGGUUUCUAGCGAGUAUGGACGGGGAAACAUAUGAGCAUUUAGCACCGAGUUCCAACCAGAUUGGGCCCCCUUCCACGAAGGAGAAACUAAAGCAUAGCCGGCGCCGGUCAAGUGGAAGUAAUUUACUAAGCUCAUACCACCACAUUGUUACGGAUGAAAAUCCGUAUAAAAUAACGGAUGACGAAACAGACGAAGAGGAACGCCUUGAGAUGACAAUGCGUCAUAGCGGCCGAAAACCGAAAAUUAAGCUUAAGCGAUUUCUAAAAGACCAUAUAUUCCAGACGGGGCCUAAAACCAGUCCCAUCUUAUCUUCCACCUCGGAUCCCGAUUCUUUUGAUUUCUCUGAGCCCUUAACACCUACCGGAGCUAGGAAUACCAAUGCGUCGAAUUUGAAAAAGUCCGCGCUUUCGGCAAUGAUCACGGCAUCUCCCGACGACGGUUCUCAUGACCUAGCCGCUGCUGAAACGUCUUCCAUGACUUUACUACAGCAGAAUCUUCACUACGACGCUGAGCUUGAGACUAGUGACUUGCACACAUCGGACGCCGACGUUGACAGCCACACGGAUGAUGAUGCAUUGCAGUCGACCCAUAAGCACAUAAUUCGGCAUAGUAACGUCUAUUAGUGACGUAUAAUUCUUUAACAUCGAUCAUCCGUAACUUCAAACUUCAACAUUGAAGAUGUGUAACUUGUCGACUAAGACGAGAUUACCAGAUAAAAGCUAGGCUAUAACAACACACAAGACUUGGCCUUAGGCUCUGGGAUCGUUCUGCUUUGUGGCAGAUACCUGAUUGAGUUACAAAGACUAAACAGAAGGAGGCGGGAAUAGUGUGCUUAACAAUAUAAGCCAUAAAACAAUAUAUAAAACGAACAAACUUAUUACCGGAAUAGAUUGCAUAGUAUUAUUGUAAGAAAAUAGUAAUGCCAUCCGAAAUUAUACAAUAUGCAUCAGAUCAUACUAGACAUAGCGUAGGUGAGAGCUAGAUUUAUGUAGCUAUAUAUUAGUUCGUAGU